GAGCGGGGUUGAGGGGCCCGGACGACGGGGCGGGCGGGGCCCGGGCAGCGGCGGCGGCAUCGGCGGGCUUGACUCCCCCCCCUCGCUCCCCCGGGACGCGCGGCUGCUGCUGCUCCUGCCGCCGCCGCCGCCGCCGCCGCCGAGCUCCGCUCCCGCUGCCUCCGCCUUCCGGAUGGUAAUCAGCGCUCCGCACUCGGCGCGCCAGGCAGCCCACCGAGGCCGGCCGCUCUGUCCUCCCCUGCCCUGCCCUGCCCUGCCCUGCACUGCCCUGUCAGCCCUGCCCUGCCUUGCCGUGCUCUGCCCGCCUCUCUCUUCUGCCUUCUCCCCUCUCUCUGCCUCCUAGCGCGCUGCUUCCUUCUCUCGCAUCCCUCUCCUUUCAAACCUCUGGAAACCUCCCUGCUGGGCUUCCUUUUCUGCACCUCAACUCCGCCAGCCCUACUUCGCAUCACUCCUGAGAGCCCCACUUUGCGCACCCGCGGAUUUCCCACUUUGCUUCGAGUUUUCGGGGUCCCCACUUUGUAAAGCUCUCGGGGUCCCCCACUUUGUGUCAGUUCGAGUGUCCCCACUUUGCCAGAGCCUUCUCUGGAUAUUGCAUUCGGGGGUCCCCUCUGCUCAGCACUGAGGUUGCCACUUUGCAUCUCACCGGAGUCUCUUCCCUGUCCCUGACUCCUGUGCCUUCGCAUCCUGGUCCUGUGAGGUCCUCUCUGCUGCUUCUCCCCUCCCCUUCAGUUCCCCACUGCUUCCCCUGCUCCGGGCCCCCCUCGCGGCGAGUGGCCGCGGGGGAAUCCCUCUGUCUCCCCGCCCCCCAGUGCAGGGGGAGGAGGCUGCGCUGCUGUUAGCGGGUCGGCUUUCUCCGAGGGAGCGGCCCGGGGAGCCAAGCUCUUACUGAGCUGGGGCCAGCAGAGAAGCCGUCGCGAGUCGGGCGCAUCCCGCUGCUGCUGUCUUGCCCAGCUCGGCCCUGCCCUGCCCUGCUCUGUCUGCCCCGUCCUGGCCUGGUCCAGCCUAUACUCGGCUCUACUGGGUGGGGGUGGGGACUAUCCCCCAACUUCGUCCGAGCUCAGUGUGCGGGCCGUCGGGGCGCCAGGCAGAGCGGCGCCUGCAGCGCGGUCCCAUGUUCUCCAUGCAGGACUCCUUGCCCCGAGGAGGGCUCAGCCUGAAAGAGGAGCCGCUCCCUGCCGGCCUCGGCUCGGUGCGCUCCUGGAUGCAGGGCACUGGAAUCUUGGACGCCACCACCGCGGCGCAGAGUGGUGUGGGCCUGGCUCGGGCUCACUUUGAGAAACAGCCACCUUCCAAUCUUCGAAAAUCCAACUUCUUCCACUUUGUGUUGGCCAUGUAUGACCGACAGGGACAGCCGGUGGAGAUCGAGCGCACAGCCUUCAUCGACUUUGUGGAAAAAGAGCGGGAACACAGUGGAGAGAAAACCAACAAUGGCAUCCAUUACCGUCUACAGCUUCUGUACAGCAAUGGAAUCCGAACCGAACAAGACCUGUAUGUUCGACUUAUUGAUUCCAUGUCUAAGCAGGCCAUCAUCUACGAGGGGCAGGACAAGAACCCGGAGAUGUGCCGUGUCCUCCUCACCCAUGAGAUCAUGUGCAGCCGCUGCUGUGACAAGAAGAGUUGUGGCAACCGAAACGAGACACCAUCCGAUCCCGUCAUUAUAGACAGGUUUUUCCUCAAGUUUUUCCUCAAAUGCAACCAGAACUGCCUAAAGAAUGCGGGCAAUCCCAGAGACAUGAGGCGCUUCCAGGUGGUGGUCUCCACGACCGUGAGUGUGGAUGGGCACGUGCUCGCCGUGUCCGACAACAUGUUUGUUCACAACAACUCCAAGCAUGGCCGCCGGGCCCGCCGCCUUGACCCUUCCGAAGCAGCCACCCCCUGCAUCAAGGCCAUCAGCCCCAGCGAGGGCUGGACCACAGGGGGAGCCACCGUCAUCGUCAUCGGGGACAACUUCUUCGACGGGCUCCAGGUCGUCUUUGGAACGAUGCUGGUGUGGAGUGAGCUGAUCACGCCCCACGCCAUCCGGGUGCAGACCCCACCGAGGCACAUCCCUGGGGUGGUGGAGGUGACCCUCUCCUACAAGUCCAAGCAGUUCUGCAAAGGGGCCCCUGGCCGCUUCGUCUACACGGCUCUCAAUGAGCCAACCAUCGACUACGGCUUCCAGAGGCUGCAGAAGGUGAUACCACGACAUCCUGGAGACCCUGAGCGGCUUCCUAAGGAAGUGCUAUUGAAAAGGGCAGCUGACCUGGUGGAGGCUCUGUAUGGGAUGCCGCAUAGUAACCAGGACCUCAUCAUAAAGCGGGCAGCGGACAUUGCAGAAGCACUCUACAGCGUCCCACGCACCCCCUCCCAGCUCGGCUCGCUGGCCCCGGGCCAUCCCCACACAGCCAUGAUGGGGAUCAACUCCUUUGGGAGUCAGCUAGCAGUCAACAUUGGAGACUCCACCCAAGGGGCCGAACAAGGUUACUCCCGGAAUACCAGCAGUGUGUCUCCGAGGGGCUACGUGCCUAGCUCCACCCCGCAGCAGAGCAGCUACAGCAGCAUCACCUCCAGCAUCAACGGCUACGGAGCCACGGGCAUGGCUGGCCUGGGGGUACCCAGCUCCCCCAGCUUUCUCAAUGGCUCCACUGCAAAUUCACCCUAUGCUAUCAUGCCCUCCAGCCCUCCGCUGGCCGCAGCCUCCUCCAUCUCCCUCCCGGCCGCUGCCCCCACCACCAGCGUCUUCUCCUUCUCGCCGGUCAACAUGAUCUCUGCGGUCAAGCAGAAGAGCGCCUUCGCCCCCGUGGUGCGCCCGCCCGGCUCCCCGCCCCCCGCCUGCACCAGCACUAAUGGCAGUGCCCUGCAAGACCCAGCUUUUGAGGACUCGGACAAGUUCCAUUCCCCCCCUGGGGCCCUACAGGGACUGGCCUACUCCUAAGCACACCAUGUCUGGACUCCUCAUCCCCCCCAUGUGAGGCCUGCACAAGGAGAAGAGCCUGGCCUUGGAUGCAGCCCCGGGGCCGGGCAGGCCAGGGGCCCGAGAUGACCUGGAAGAGGAUCUCCCGCGGCAGUGGGAGAGGCCCCCGCUGUGCUUUGGACGCUGGGCCCUUCCCCUCCACAGCCCACCCUCUCCUCUCCCUUCCGCUCUCAGGACUGGCCCCAGGAGGCUUCACUCUUCACAGCACCAUUUUAACUUGGGUGGACGGAUGGGUGUGUGUGUGUGUGUGUGUGUGUGUGUGUGUGUGUGUGUACAUAUGUGUGUGUGGUUCUGGGGGUGACUGAUCCCCCCAUCCUUUUCCCAUUAUAAGCUUGGGGUGGGAGGGAGGUCCUGGGGAUGGGUUGGGGGGGCAGGGGUUCGGGUAGAAGGUCCUGCCCUCUAGAAUGCUCAGGGAAGACGAUCUGGUGUUUGGGGAGCACUGCCUCCCCUCCCUGGGAGGAUUCCCCACUCUGCCCGCAUCUGGGGAGGGGGGCUUGUGCUGGCUCUGCCUGCCUGCUUCUGGCUGGGAGGUGACCACUAGGGAGGGACUGGGCAGGACCACAGGAGAUAGGGGUAGGGACUGGGGUAGAAAUGCAGGUUAAGGGGAGGUGGGGUCAGGGAGGGGCUCAUCCCCCCAGCGUGGGGCUCUGAGACCGAAUAGGAACAUUACUGUAGGACCCAUCUGUCUGACUCCCUUUCCCAGGCCCGGGGCCCAGCAAGCAUCCUCCUUUGCCUGUCUCCGACCCCACUUCACGCACAAUGCUGGCUCCCUGGCAAAGCCAGGGGCAAAGCCAAGGGUCCAGCUUCUUCCUUCCAAGUUCUGGGGAAAGCCCCCAGCAGCUCUAGGAGAUCUGACCUUUUAGGUCCAUGGAACAAAGUCCUAGGAGCUGGGAAGUGACCUUCCCCCCAAUUCUGAAACCCUCCUACCUGUGCCCUCUCCUACCUCUCCUUGUCGCAGGCUCUCACCCUCCAGCUGGGGGCUGUCUGCCUCCCCUUCACCUGCCUCCCCUGGGGUUACUCUCAUCGUCUCUGUGCCUCCUUUGUCUCUUCUCUUGGUGGCCCUUCCUUCUCCCCGGCCCACCAGCUCCCCUCAUCUCCGAGGGGCCUGUCCUGCCCUCCCCUUUCCCUGGCUGGCAACCAGAGUCUGGCUUUGGUCAUUUCAUCUGGGAGGGGGUUGGGGAGAAAUGAAAUAAUAAAUGGAGAUACCGAUGCCC